AUGUGCAGUGAGUUUGUCGUCAAUGGUGACCCCCAGGAUAUUGAUAGUUCAGUAACGAUUAUGGCAACGGAUCCUUUUUUAGUGACAUUUAAAGCAACUGUUAAUGAAUUUGGAAAGACAUCUGAUCUUUCCAGGUUACUCGCAAUGAAUGUAUCUGUGGGUCUGCUUCCAGUUCCUCGAGUGAUAAAAUAUGAAUUCAUGGAAAGGAUGUUCCCAAGUGAGCUUUCGACACUUACCGUGGACAUGUUGAAUAAAGAUGUUGUCUGCAGAAGCAUGCCUGAAAUAUCCACAUACUUGGUGAUAGGAUGUCCCCCAACUAAAGAGAUAAAAGUAUCCAAAAGAGUAACUGCAUGUAGCAAAGGAUUAUUUGACCCAUUCCAGCUUCAGAAUAAUUACACAUAUGUCAUUAAGAGUGACUUCUAUGAUCCUACCUUUACUUCUCAUAAUGGAACAGCAAAAGAAGAUCGAGUUGUGCACUAUGACUAUGCUUCAUUGGGAUGUCCAUUGGUAGCAUAUUAUGCAUCCUUUUGGACGCCAGACCUUGAGCUGUGGUAUUCUGGUAAAUUCGUGGAGGAGGUUGAAGCGGAAUAUGUAUUGUUUGAAGUGAAUGGGAUAAACGAUUACAGCUAUGAACUCCGUGUACAUGACAUUGAUUGCAUCUCCGAAGUACAAAACUGGACAUAUAUGUUAGGCCAACAGUCCAAACCAAAUCCUCACACUGCUUGGAAUGCAAAGAAUUUCCAUAGCUGUUUGAAAUCUGGUCCACCACUAACUGCAAAUAUUUACGAUGAAUACGAAAUUAUGGGUGGUGGGAUCAGUAACCGAAUCCUCUUUGCAAGACGCAAUGGCAUUUAUAUUUUCAAAGCAAUUGUGGUAAACAACCACUACAGCUUCUGUGAACUUUCCACUACAUUCAGCGUGUAUGUAUAUGGAGCUCACCCUGACCCUUUAUAUUCUUCAGAAAUGUUGCUUGGAGUUUUUAUUUCGGUAUUAAUUUUAGUGCUAUGUGUUGGUUACUUGUUUCGGUGAAUGCACAGCGGAGCUAAGUUUUAAAAAAUGGAGUUGCAAAUGUUCUGAGAUUUUGUUUGAUGUCCAUUUGAAAUGUAAGAAAUGUUAUGUUAGUAAAGUUUUAUUGAUAGUCUCUGCCCUCUCUAACCUGUGGCUUUAGAAAAGGCUAUUGUAGUUGAUUCUAAUUAGACAGUUGUUGUAAUCUGAGAACAUUUGAUGCAUAAUCCUAUACUUGCGUACAAUAAAAUAUGAAUAUUAAAAAUUUCAUGUAAUAAAUUGUCUGAUAAAAUUCAUGAAGAUGAAUAACCUAUGGGUACAUUUCUAAUGUAGAGUAAAAGAAAGCAUAUAUAAAUAAAAACAUUUACCAAAUAAUGUUACUUCCUGACCAUAUCAAACUUCCAAUACCAUAAAAUGCUGAAAACAUCUAACAUGGCAGUAUGUUUAAGAAAGAACUGCAGAUGCUGGAAAAAAUC